UGGCGGGGCCCCUCUGGGCGCUGGGCGGCGCCGCGCUGGGGCUCUGCCUCGCCAGGGUCGCCGGGCAGCUGGUGGAGCCCAGCACGGCCCCGCCCAAGCCCAAGCCGCCCCCGCUGACCAAGGAGACGGUGGUAUUCUGGGACAUGCGCCUCUGGCACGUGGUGGGCAUCUUCUCGCUCUUCGUGUUGUCCAUCAUCAUCACUCUGUGCUGCGUCUUCAACUGCCGCGUGCCCCGGACCCGGAAGGAGAUUGAAGCCCGCUACCUGCAGCGGAAGGCAGCCAAGAUGUACACGGACAAACUGGAGACGGUCCCCCCACUCAACGAGCUCACGGAGAUCCCUGGAGAGGAUAAGAAGAAGAAGAAGAAGAAGGACAGUGUGGACACAGUGGCCAUCAAGGUAGAGGAGGAUGAGAAGAAUGAGGCCAAGAAGAAGAAAGGGGAGAAAUGAGGAGGGCUUCCUGGAGGUGGCAGCUGGUGCUGGCUAACCCUGGGGCUCAAGUCCUGGCUGGGGUCCAGGCAUCUUAGACUCCCAGCUCAUCCAUGGACCAUAGAGGUUGCAGAACACCCUCUUCUUGGCUCCGAGGGGGGCUGCUGAAGCCCCAAUGUGACAGCCCAUCGGGGGCAGGGACCAGACUGCACCUGGCGUCCCGCCUCCCAGCCUGAACUCUACUCCUUUCACCUCACGCACAUGGCUAUCCAGCAAAGGCGGUCUUGGGCCACUGUCCCUCUGCAGAUCUGGAGUGGAGUGGCCCCGCACCCACCCAGACACGCCUCGGUCCCUCCUGCCAGGAACAGCAGUGGCUGUACAGGGCAUGACGGGACGUGGCCUGCCUCUUGGAAGGAAAUGGCCAAACUGAAGGGGCUGGGGUGUGAGGCCACAGCCAGGCUGGCCACGAGGAAGAAGAGGGUCACUAGGGGAGGCUCUCAGACUUCUCCAGGGAGCAGCCCUGGCGGCCAGGGAGCUCCUCCAGGCCCAGCAGGGGUCCUGGCCCGGGAGGUGAAUAGAGCGCCCGCCUGGAGGCAGGGGGACUCCAGCCCAGCGGAUACCAUGGGCCAGGCCGCUGCCCUGGAGCUGAGGCUGCUGGGAGGCCGAGCACGAGGCCUGGAGGUUCGGGGCUGGGGCUGCAGGGGUGAGUCAGGGGUGCAGAAGGCUGAGGCCAGCAGGCUGAAGGGAGAAGGGAAGAAAGGGGGUCGCGGGGCCCCAUCUCGGGGAUCCAGGGAGCCCUGGAGAAGCCAAGGGGAGCGUUGGGCUGUGCCGGAAGUCCUUUCCAGGUGGUGGGGGUCCGUCAGGGCCCCAGGGGGUCACAGCAGAGGGCACUCGGGGGCUGAGGCAGCAAACAGACUUCCACCCGAUGAGGAGAGCUGCACACAGCCUCCUCUUCUACCACCUCAAGCGUCUCGCACCUCAGAGAGUCACUGCUGACCGGAGGGGGAAGGCCCAAACACCACCCGGAGACUGACGGCAGAGGCAUUUCGGGAGGGUGGCAAACCCCCGCCGAGGCGCGCACAUCUGGGCCUAGAAACGCCAGGGUUCCUGAGCUGGGGGAGCUGCCCCACGGCCUGCCGAGAUGUGUAAAUAAAGCUGAGUGCCUUCCACUCAGACGACCCCUCAGGA